CGUCACGUGACUCGGCUCCACUUCUCGUUUUGUCGCCAGGGCCCGAAGUUGGCGCAGCGUGACGCGAGUUUGGAUAUGGCAGGGUUACCCUACGUGACGCUACGUGGGGGGUGCCGCAUGCCGCUGGUGGGAUUCGGCACCUGGAAGACAAAAAAGGGUGAGGCGUAUGCAGCUGUGUGUGCUGCACUUGAGGCUGGCUACCGGCACCUGGACUGUGCACACGUGUAUGUGAAUGAAGAGGAGAUUGGGAAUGGCGUCCAGGGCUCUGGGGUGCCUCGUUCACAAAUAUUCAUCACGAGCAAGCUGUGGAGCACGUUCCAUCACCCCUCUGCAGUGCGUGCUGCUUGCGACCAGACGCUGGCGGCCCUGAAGACAAACUACCUGGACCUGUACUUGAUGCACUGGCCUAUGGGUUUCAAGCCAGGCGAGGACUUGUUCCCAUUGGAUGAAAAUGAUAAAGUGAUUACUGAUGACACGGAUUUUCUGGACACUUGGGAGGCAAUGGAAGCACUCGUCGACGCAGGUGUCAUUCGAGCUCUGGGUCUCUCUAACUUCAAUCGUGACCAAAUAAUGAAGAUUCUGAACAAACCCGGCCUGAAGUACAAGCCUGUGGUCAAUCAGAUAGAGAGCCAUCCUUACUUGACUCAAGACCGGCUGAUUGCAUUUUGUCGUGAACAUGGAAUUGAAGUGACGGCAUACAGCCCGCUGGGUUCUCCCGAUCGUAAUUGGGCCUCUGUGGAUGAGCCCAAAUUACUGGAAGAUCCGUGCGUAUGUGCAAUUGCAUCGGCGCAUAAGAAGACACCUGCACAGGUUCUAAUCCGAUUCCAUGUACAAAGAGGAGUGAUGGUGAUUCCAAAGUCUGUGACAAAGGCGCGCAUCCAUGAGAACAUACAGGUGUUUGAUUUUGAGCUGACUGCAGAUGACAUGAAAUCCUUGACUUCCCUCAACAAGAACUGGAGGGCCUGCCCAAUGCAAUGGGCUGUGGACCACAAAGACUACCCAUUCAACACUGACUUCUGAACCAAGUUUCAAUAUUAUAUUCUCUCAGCUUCCUGCAUGGGUAUUUUUUUCUGAUAGAAUACAUAGUUUGCACUUAUUCAACACACCAACGUGAAUUAAUACAUUAACACCUCACAGAAAUAAACAAAUAGAUGCUUUUUGAAAAAGAUGGUCAACUAAGCCCAAAAAUACCUCAAAUGGCAGUUUUCAACAAACUAAGCAGACAAUUCACAUCCCACCCACAUCUGUCCCUCCACCUACAAAUAUAAAAGUACUUUUUACGCACCCCAUUCGCCACAGUCUUCGAAGAGUGCAUAUUUCCAGCAAUGGUUCAAUACAUACGAACUCUGGACCAGUGUCGACAUUCAUCUUCUCAUCAGUAGAGUCAGGCUUGCUUAGACAAAUGCUGAAUUGCCAAAUUAGUUUUUUCAGUUUCAUUUAUUUGGUAUAGUCCCGUGAGCCAUUCGGCUCUUGAAUCGUGUGCAACCGCAACAAACAAAAAACAAAAA